UUCGCCAUUUAUUGCUCAGCCACACUCUUUCGCCACGAACGAACACUUUCCCCAUCCUCCCUGGCUCCCCGCCUUCUCCGGCCGUUGCCCACCCAUCCUCCACUCCCCGGCGGCGACGUCGCCAUCACCGCGGCAGCCGCCUUUCCGAACCCAAGCCAGCCGCUGGCAUCUUUCAUCUUUUCCGCCAGCCAAUUCGGCUUCGUCUCGCUGGAAUUUCGCCCCUGCCAGGCUGCCACAGCUCUCUCCCCCAUCGCCCUGGAAAGUCGUCUCACUCACGCAUUCGCAUCCUUACUCGAAUUCACUCCCAUCCCAUUUCCUCGUUCUCGCCCGUGUAUUCUCUACUGCGUCCGCCGCCCCAGGAGUAGUCAAAGUCUAGUCCGACGUCACUGCCGUCUUUCAAUGUCGGAGAUUUGAGGUACCGAAACUCAUUCCCCUCCUCGCCGGUUGCCAGUAGUCAUCGGCCGCCGGAGAAAAUCGGGUGGAAAUUAAGCAGCUUUUGUUCGUUUCUUAAGGAGUUCGCAUUGAUUGAACAUGAUUAUUGCGAUUUAGAUGUGUCACUAAGGUCUCUGAAUGCCACGAUCCAGCUGAUGCCGUCUGUAACUUUUGUGGGCGAGUGUCCGUUUUACGUUUUUAUGUUUUGGGAAAGCUGUUGGAAAGUCGGCACUGGAAAUGGUUUUGACAGUCGUUCUUCAUUUACUGAUGGGGCAUAAUGCUAGAUGCUAAGCUUACUGUUUCACCCUGUUUCGAUAAAAGGGCCGGUCUUGUUUCUGUCCGUGGUCAUCUCCGGGUUGGGUGAUGAAGCCUGACCCCAUUUUUUUGUGUAGGUCUUGUUUGGAUGAUUGGAAAACUUACCCUGCCGCUCAACUUGUUACUAAAAUGAGACCAAGAUCAAAUGGGGUUUCUAGGAAUCAGAGGGAGCAUAGCUUUGAGGUUGGAGGACCAAAUUGGAUUCUCAUUCCUGGUGGUGCCUUGUUGAGUACUUUGACAAUCCGCCUUGGCUCCAAGCUGAAGCAGACCCUUGAUUCUAGGAGGGAAACACGUGCUAGUAAUGCUAUAAGUUGUUCUUGUUUAUGCAUAUCCAUAUAUGAUAAUUUUUGUCCUUUGCUGUGAACGCUUAACCUUUUAAGUUUCUGCAAUUCAGGAAAUGAGAAAUUGUGUGACAGAAGGAGAUCGCCAGAUUGCCAUAUGCAUCCGAAUAUGUACUCCUAUACACAUGACGAUGAUAUCUGCUUCAAUUCUGCUUCCGGUACAAAGAGCUUUAUUUCAUUUUUCAUUUUAUUGUAUCUGGACUCUGAAUGAAUUAUGAGGAAGUAACCCAAAUCAUUUGUUGCUGCUGCUCAUCAAAUGAUUUGCUACUGUACUCAUGAUAUAUAUCUUUGAGGAAUAUUCCGAAACGCCUUCCUUUUUCUAUUUUGUGGAUCGCUGCUAUGUACUCUAGCCCGUGUGCUUAUUUCAAAUAUUUUCAUUCAGCCUUUGUCUUGUGAUUUGUGUUCGAGGCAGGGAAUGAAGGCAUCGAAGAAGUAAAAUAUCCUCCUAAUGAUCACUCGCUGUCUGAAACUGAUGGUGCACUCCCUUUGGUCACAGUCAAUGCACCAGAAUACUCAAGAGAGAAUGGCAUUAUGUGGGUUUCAUCUCUUGAUCGUCUCGAGUUACAGCCAAAGCCAUUUCACCAUUCAAACUGCUCUGACUCGCCAUGUGUCUGAGUCUGGUUCAGACAUAUUUAGCAAGCGUGAAGUGAUACAAAAACUGAGACAACAACUAAAAAGAAGGGACGACAUGAUAAUUGAGAUGCAGGACCAGAUCAUGGAGUUGCAGAAUUCAAUAAAUUCUCAAAUGGCAAUUUCUACUAGUUUGCAGUCUCAACUUGAUGCUGCUAACAAGGAUCUGUUAGAUUCGGAGAGAGAAAUCCAAAGGUUGAGAAAGGCCAUUGCCGAUCACUGUUUAAAACAUGCAAACGGUGAUGGGAAACCGUCAGUUGUUGCUGCAUGGCCACCUGAGGUAAGAAAUGGGCAUGGAAAUGGGUAUUCGGAUGCUGAAAGCACCUAUGACUUUCCAGAAAAAGGCAGGAUUGAUGGGGAGAAGGUCGAGAUGCUUAAGAGGGAAGUAGGAGAAUUGAAAGAAGUGUUAGAAGGGAAGGAAUACUUGCUGCAGAACUACAAGGAGCAGAAAUCGGAGCUUUCGGUGAAGAUCAAGGAGUUGCAGCAAAGACUGGAUUCCCAGCUCCCUAAUAUUCUAUAGGGGCGUUGUUAGGCCAUGUGAAUUCUUGCUUUCCCCCCGACUUUGAUUGUCACUUCCGGUUUUUGGAGAUUGUUCUUUAUCCAAGAUUUUAGGUUAGAAAUCUAGUGUUUUCUGUGCUCGCAUAAAGUGUGCCAGUUGCGGAUGUGAUUAGCGAGAGGCAAAGCAAGGGUUUGUAAUUGUCCGUUUUGCUUGUCAAUGUCUCUGUUCACUUUUAUAGAAAUAUGAAUGCAAUUUUCCACGAAGCGUGAACCCUGUUGCAUUUUUGGCUUCUUUGUUUACCUGUUUACACUGUUGUCAAUCAUAGAAAUAAGUUCCUUACAUCUUUGUAUGCCAGAGUAACUUGUUUCGGCUCGUCUUCGGAUAAAUUUUAAUCACAAGUCACAACGGAUUUCACUAUCAACAGAUGUGCUCUUUAUCAUGGGCAAUUGGGCAUCUUUGACGAUUGUUUAUCCGACUUUAAAUUUCUAUUAUUUUACUUCAGGCUAUCUUGCACAGACGUUUCCAGGCACCUGUGCUUUGAUUUUAAAUCAAAGAUGACAGGUCUGUUUGCCUAUCUUGUCUUCAAUCCUCUAUGGCUUAUAAUUUAUUCCUCCAAUUUUCUUCUGUUGUCAUUAAAUUGUUGAAAAUUUU